AUGGAACCUGUAGCAGAUGCUACUCUUGCCAAUGGCGAUUCUACACGAACAUGCAAUGGAACCAGUGCAAGCUUGUUCGAUCUAUUAGAUCCAGGUAGUCCUUAUUUUUUACAUCCGAGUGAAAAUCCAUCACUCGUUUUGGUUUCCUCUCCUCUGAAUGGAAAAAAUUAUCACGGCUGGGCAAGGGCGAUGACUAUGGCCUUAGUCUCGAAGAACAAAUUGUCGUUUGUGAAUGGGAAGAUCUUGGCUCCAGAUCCAUCAGAUUCACGUUUUCCAGGUUGGGAGAGAUGCAACACCAUGGUUCUGUCAUGGUUGCAUCGUUCAAUCACAAGCUCCAUCUCUCAGUCGAUACUGUGGAUGGAAAGAGCAUAUGAUGUGUGGAGAGAUUUGAAGGAGAGAUUCUCGCAAUCAGAUAUAUUUAGAAUAUCAGAUCUGCAAGAGGACAUAUAUCGAAUGCAUCAAGGAGAUAGUUCGAUUUCAGAUUAUUUUACUCAGCUUAAGAUCCUUUGGGACGAGUUGGAAGCAUUGCAACCAACACCUACAUGCAAAUGUGUAAAUCCGUGUUGUUCUAUUGGAUUGGAGGUAAAGAACAUCAGAGAAAAGGACUAUUCCAUUAGGUUUCUUAAAGGCCUCAGUGAACAAUAUUCACAUGUGAGGUCACAGAUCAUGCUUAUGGAUCCACUACCUUCAAUUAAUCGAGUCUUUUCUCUUUUUGUUCAACAAGAGAGACAGCUACAGAUGGAAGCUGUUAUUCCUAAUCAAGAUACCUCAAAGGUAUUCAUGAAUUCUGUUGAACGAGCUCCUGAUAGAGGACAUUUGCAAUUUCGCGGCAGAGGACGCGGUCUCUCUGGUGGACGUGGUUUUUCUGGUGGACGUGGUUUUUCUGGUGGACGUGGCAGAGUAUCAAGGCUUUGCACUUACUGUGGGAAGACUAGUCAUACUGUGGAAACAUGCUUUGAAAAGCAUGGAUAUCCACCUGGUUAUAGGCAAAGAAAUGUUGCACACAAGGCCAAUGCAGCUAUAGGUGAACCUACUGAUCAGAUUGGUGAUAUUGCACAGGUUGAGACAAAGGAAAACUUCACCAAAAACCAGUAUCAGACAAUAAUGGAGAUGAUUCAACAGUCAUUGUAG